AGAGUGUGUGUGUUCUCCAGACUUCGUAGCUAGAGAGAGAAACUUAGAGGGAGAAAGGAAAGGAAAGAAGAGAUGUCGAAGGAAGUGAGUGAGGAAGGGCAAGCCCACCACGGGAAGGACUAUGUGGACCCACCGCCGGCGCCGCUGAUCGACACGGCGGAGCUUAAGCUGUGGUCGUUUUACAGAGCCCUAAUCGCCGAGUUCAUCGCCACCUUGCUCUUCCUCUACGUCACCGUCGCCACCGUCAUCGGCCACAAGAAACAGAACGCUGCCGACCAAUGCAACGGCGUCGGCCUCCUCGGCAUCGCCUGGGCCUUCGGCGGCAUGAUCUUCAUCCUCGUCUACUGCACCGCCGGAAUCUCCGGUGGUCACAUCAACCCGGCUGUGACGUUCGGACUGUUCUUGGCGAGGAAGGUUUCGCUGAUCAGAGCAUUGGGUUACAUAGUGGCUCAGUGCUUGGGAGCAAUAAGCGGGGUUGGGCUCGUGAAGGCCUUCAUGAAGAACGACUACAACAGGCGCGGCGGCGGCGCCAACUUCGUGGUCGACGGCUACAGCACUGGCACCGCUCUCGGCGCUGAGAUCAUCGGCACCUUCGUCCUUGUCUACACCGUCUUCGCCGCCACCGACCCCAAGAGAAGCGCCCGUGACUCUCACAUUCCCGUUUUGGCCCCGUUGCCAAUUGGGUUCGCCGUGUUCGUGGUUCACUUGGCCACCAUUCCCAUCACCGGAACCGGUAUCAACCCGGCUAGGAGCUUUGGUGCUGCUGUUAUCUACAACAACGACAAGAUCUGGGAUGACCACUGGAUCUUCUGGGUUGGACCAUUCGUGGGGGCUUUGGCAGCAGCGGCGUACCACCAGUACAUACUGAGGGCAGCAGCCAUAAAGGCUCUUGGGUCGUUCCGCAGUAACCCAACCAACUGAGGAAAUUAUAAAAACAUUAUGCAUGCACGUUCCCCCAGUAGAGAAGGAAGAAAUGUGAAAAGAUCGUGUUGUCACACCUUCCUAAUUCUUAAUUUAUUUCGUUUGUUUGUGUGUAUGAUGAAAUAUCAGGAGAAUAUGUUGAUGAUGGUGAUGACCCUCCUUUUGAAUUUUUCUUGUUAAUUUCCUUAAUAUCUUUUAUAUAAUUUAAUCUUUUGUUUGCUAGCUUUGUGGAUCCCCUUUUGUAUUCAUUGUUCUUGAGGAGCGGUGAUGAUGUUUUAAUUUCUUCUUUCCUUCA